GGGUGAUUUUUAAGAACAUUCCUUAAUCAAUGGGAUCUAAAAAAGUCACUUGCCUAAGAAAGUCACCGAAACUUCACAUUCAAAGUAACUUUAUCCUCUUCUCAGCUUUUCACAUUAUGAACCUCCCGUGGGAACAAAGACAUUUAUACCCUUACGUGAGCUUCCAAGAAGAAACCAACAAUUUUUAAGAUUUUUCCCCAUUACAUGUAGAUUAGUUGGCUUCAAGUUUCUAUGGAUGUUCCUUCUCGGAAAUCCAUAAUUCUCUUCCUUUAUAUAUAAAACUUACUCACAACACAAAACCCAUCUCUCAAAACAAUCAAUUUCUCUCAAACUGUUUUACUUUUUCUUCUUUUGUAAUGGCAUCUCCUAAAUCCUCAACAAGACCAAACCAAGAAAACCAAGAACCUCAGUUCCAAGAUUUCUUCCCAACAAUGGCAGGAAAACUCGGUGGAGAAGGUCUGAUCGAAGAGAUUUGCAAAGGGUUCGAGCUUCUUAUGGACAAAGACAAAGGAGUCAUCACAUUCGAGAGCUUACGAAGAAACGCAUCGACGGUUCUUGGACUCGGAGAUCUAACGGACGACGAUGUUCGAUAUAUGAUCAACGAAGGAGAUUUUGAUCGAGACGGUGCGUUGAAUCAGAUGGAGUUUUGUGUGCUCAUGUUUAGACUUAGUCCUGAAUUGAUGGAAGCGUCACGGUGUGUUGUGACGGAGGUGAUCGAGGAAGAGUUUUACCGGCAUUGAUAGAGAAACCUUCUUAUGCGUUAGAGACUUUGACUGAAUUGUUUACACAAAAACCAAAAUAUAAUUUAAUAAUUUAUUAAUGUUAUUUUUAUUCUCUCUUUGAUUUCCCAUUAUUGUUGAGGUGGUCCAUAGGAUUGUUGGAUUAAUACUGAAUUACUGAUAUGCAAAAUUUGUCGAGAGUAGCGAAGGAAAAUCUUAACUGAUUCUAUUCUUCUUUUAUUCAAACUUUUUAGUUUAGGCUUCGUCAUGUAAGGAUCGAUAGAUAAGAAUCAUUAACCAAA